ACCCGCGGUGGCCCCACAGACUCUCACAUCACUCUCUGUCCAUUUCUCUGACAGGUUGGUGGUGGGGGCCAGCUACGUGGCCCUGGAGUGUGCCGGCUUCCUCACCGGGAUCGGGCUGGACACCACCGUCCUCAUGCGCAGCAUCCCCCUCCGCGGCUUCGACCAGCAAAUGUCUUCCUUGGUCACGGAGCACAUGGAGUCUCAUGGCACCCAGUUCCUGAGGGGCUGCAUCCUCUCCCGUGUCAGGAGGCUCCCGGACGGCCAGCUCCAGGUUACCUGGGAGGACCAAGCCUCUGGCAAAGAGGACACAGGUGCCUUUGACACUGUCCUGUGGGCCAUAGGUCGAGUUCCGCAAACCAGAAGUCUGAAUUUGGAGAAGGCCGGGGUAGACACCAACCCUGACAGUCAGAAGAUCCUGGUGGACGCCCGGGAAGCCACCUCCGUGCCCCACAUCUACGCCAUUGGAGACGUGGCGGAGGGGCGGCCCGAGCUGACACCCACGGCUAUAAUGGCAGGGAAGCUCUUGGCCCAGCGGCUCUUCGGUGGGUCCUCAGACCUGAUGGAUUACGACAAUGUUCCCACGACGGUCUUCACUCCGCUGGAGUACGGCUGUGUGGGGCUGUCAGAGGAGGAGGCCGUGGCUCGCCACGGGCAGGAGCAUGUUGAGGUUUAUCAUGCAUAUUAUAAACCACUGGAGUUCACCGUGGCUGAAAGGGAUGCAUCCCAGUGUUACAUAAAGAUGGUGUGCCUGAGGGAGCCCCCACAGCUGGUGCUGGGCCUGCACUUCCUUGGCCCCAAUGCAGGGGAAGUUACUCAAGGAUUUGCUCUGGGGAUCAAGUGCAGGGCCUCCUAUGCACAGGUGAUGCGGACGGUGGGCAUCCACCCCACCUGCUCUGAGGAGGUGGUCAAGGUGCGCAUCUCCAAGCGUUCCGGUCUGAACCCCACCGUGACGGGCUGCUGAGGGUAAGCUGCCAUCCCUGUCAGGCCAAGGGCAUGUGACAUGCAGCCCCUCACCGCCAGGCUCCUCAGAGGCCCAGAUCCAGGACUGUCGUGGGCCAGGCCCAGUGAGCCUCAGCCCCUCCCCUGGAGAGCCCGUGAAGUGGUCAGCAUGGAGCCACGUGUGUGU